GGUUGUGACUUUGGGAGUCAAAAAAAGUUUCAAGCUUUCUGUCUUGAUUAAUCUUUUUUCUUUUCAAACUUCCAAUCGUGAGAUCGCUCUCUGUUUCUGUACAGUUUGUUGUGUGUACGUGUACGUACGCAUCAUCGUCAACCAUCUCAGUGCUGCGUGUACAUACUUAGGUACCUCACCCUCCAUACCUUGCCAUUGUCGCGGCCUGUCGCAUCAUCCACCCACUAGACCCCCUGGUCUUCCUUUCAUCAUCGUCUUCUUCUUCGGUUCCUUGCGUUGUUGGUGUUUGCAAGGUACGGAUACUCGACUCGACUGGACGUAGCUCAGCUCUCCCACACCUCUGCUGGAACCGACCUCGAGCUCUCUCGGCUCUCUGUUACUGCGAUACCUUGACGUUGGCGCCAGUACCUACGCGGCAAGCUUACUCCGUCCGGACCUUUGGUCACCACGACUCGCCCGUCGACCUCUUUGCUCUCCUACCUUAUCUCGUCACACUGCAACCGCCCGUAUUCUACAAAGUCCCCCGUUACGCAUCAAUUACGAGGCCUUUCUGCUCUGCGUCCUGCGUUGGAUAGCGCACUCCUCCGACCAGUAGCCCUUCCAAUCCAUCCAAGGGACGUCAAUCGGCCUCUAGAGUACAGAUACCACCAGUCAAACGCCGGUACUACCUCGAUAACCUUGGAAUUCGUUACCACCCUUCUCUCGCACCCCUCCUAAUCGCAAUUGGCCGUCCAGUACAUACAUAAUCGCCUGCAAUGUCCCUCUUCGGAUCAUCACCACCGGCGGAUUCGCCCUCAAACACCUCUGCUGCGCCCUCGCGAUCGCUGUUCGACGAAGGCUCCAUGUCAAAGUCCGGCUCCAAUUCGCUCUUCACCGACGACGGUCUCGCCGGAGCCGAGAGCUCACCCUGGGACAUGCCCACUCCGAGGAAGAAGCAGUCGCGCGCCGAUGUCGUCCGCAACCUCUUGUCCGCCUCCGACGUCCCCGAGCCCUACAUUGAGACCUUUGACACAGUCGUGCGCGAAGAUGGCAGCGGAGGGCGCGUCAACGCCGGUGGCAUAGCCAAGUUAUUCGCUGCUGCGCGCCUGGGAGCCGACCAGCAGGCGCAGAUCAUGGCCAUGGUUGUGCCAGCUGCAGGUGGCGACAUUGCUGUCGGACGCGGCGAGUUCAACGUCCUGCUGGCUCUUAUUGCCCUGUCACAGGAGGGCGACCACAUCAGCCUCGACACCGUCGACGAGCGACGCAGAAAUCUCCCACUCCCCAAGCUCGCCGGCUUGACUGCUGCUCCCGUGAUGCCUCCCGUCUCCGAGCUUGCUGCCAAACCUCCUCAAGCCCCUGCAACCCCCGUCCAAGAUACCCCAUCGCCGCCCUCACCGCCGCCGCCGCAGCCCGCCACUCUGCGCCGACCUCCGAUGGACUUCCCAGAGCCAGAGGACCCAUGGAACUCUCCCGAUGUACACAAGGGCCACGCGCACACCAUCGCCGAGUCCCCCAGUAGAACCAACGGCGCCAGCCCCCAGCGCCCUGCAGCAAAUGGCAAUGGCAACGGCAAUGGCCACUACAGCACGUCUCCGAGCACCGCCAUCGCCGGCCGAACCAUGUCUUCCUACACGUCUGCGGCCAUCGGCUCAGAGAGGAGUUCCGGGCGGCAGGAUGUAAACACCGGCACAUCGCCGGGCGGUGGAUGGGGCGGCUACUUUGAUGGCAACACCACGGGAGGCGGCUUCAGCGAACCAUCCCAAAACAACCAGGUCACAAGUCCUUUUGGCGGUGCAAGCGGUGGACGCGACGCGAAUCUCAAUCCCGCAGCCGUGCCCUCUCUGCGGCCUGCCGUGAGCGGUCGUUCGGGAAGUUCUGUCGAGGAGAACGUCGUCAUCACGUUGAUGCCGGAGAAGGAAGGACUCUUCAUGUUCCAACAUCACAACUACGAGGUCGCGAGCGUCCGACGGGGUAGCAAGGUCAUCAGGCGGUACAGCGACUUCGUGUGGCUUUUGGACUGCCUACACAAGCGGUAUCCGUUCAGAGCCCUUCCUCUGCUGCCGCCCAAGCGUGUUGCUGUCAACGGUAACCACUUCUCUAAUGACGGCGCAUUUAUCGAGAAGCGCCGCAGAGGCCUUGGGAGGUUCCUCAAUGCUCUUGUCCGGCAUCCCAUUCUCAGCCAGGAACAGCUCAUCAUCAUGUUCCUCACUGUCCCGACUGAACUGGCUGUAUGGCGCAAGCAGGCCACCAUCUCCGUCCAAGAUGAAUUCUCCGGACGUGCCCUGCCGCCCAACUUGGAAGACUCGUUGCCGCCCACCCUCGAGGCCAUGUUCGAUAAGACGCGCUCCGGCAUCAGACGCUCAGCUGAGCUGUACAUUAACAUCUGCAACGUCAUGGAUCGUCUAGUGAAGCGCAGCGAGGGAGUUGCGGCGGACCAUGCUCGUAUUGCCAUGUCUCUGACCUCACUCACCGAAACGAGUGCCGACACAUACGCCAGCGACACCAACGAUGUGCCUCUGCUCAAUGAUGGUCUGACGUCCAUGAGCAGACACUUGAGAACGUGCCAGACGCUCUUGGAAGAUGAGAGCAAGGCUUGGGAAGAGGGUGUAUUGGAGGAUCUCAAGCGCCAACGAGAUGCUCUUGUGAGCAUCCGUGACUUGUUCGAUCGCAGGGAACGUCUGGACAAGGACAAUAUCCCCUACCUUGAGCGAAGGAUCCAGACAAACGAGACCAAGUUGGCCAGUCUCCGCAGCAAACCCGAUGGCAUGGUUAAGCCUGGCGAGAUUGAGAAGGUGGUUGAGUCCAUUCUCAAGGAUAAGGAGUCCAUCGUCAACCAACACAACCGAUCCAUCUUUGUCAAGGAGUGCAUCCGUGACGAGCUCAUCUACUUCCAGACUACCCAGUUCCACGUCUCGCGUUGGAACCAAGACUGGGCCCAGGAGCGCGUCAAGUACUCCGAAAUGCUGGCCGACAACUGGCGCCGUCUUCUCGAUGAGCUUGACGGCAUGCCCCUCGGCGACUAAUUACCUCCCCUCCGUACUUUACCCUUUCUAUGAACGCAUAGGCUUUGCAUAUGAGCGUCUCUUCACUACUGGCGUUCCGGUCUUUCCUCUUCACCCGCCGGGAUUGUUUCGACUCUUGCGUUGGACUGUGUCAGCGACAGUCUACCUCAAGUCAUGUACGAAUCUGUGUCCAAUGGUUCUUGUUUUUUUUUUUCUGAGCGCGAUAUCUCUCAAGUCAGAAUGUACAUUUUAGAGCAGGGACCCGUUGCCGAAUACCCUUUGGUUACGCAAGUUGCUUUUAAUACAUUGCCCC